GCCCAAAUAUCUUUAUAUUAUUGUUAUUAGUGAGAAAGAUUAUUAGGAAACAAAUGUGGGCACCAGAAUCUCCCUCUACGUGACUUAAGGGGGGCCACCUCACCCCUCCACCAAAUGCCAAUUCCCCAUUUUCUUCUUUUUCUCUCCCUUCAACACAUGUUUCUGUCUUUACACUCCUCCAACGCAAUGAACAUCUCCUCUCCUCCUCCUUUGCUUCUACUCUUCUCUUUCUCUUCAUUUCCUUAAUUCUUCCCACGGAUUUCAGCUCUUUCCCAUUUUCUUUAUACCAUGAGUAAGCUUGUUGUUGAAGUGGUGGAUGCCUACGAUUUGAUGCCUAAAGAUGACCAGGGUUCUUCAAGCCCCUUCGUGGAAGUUGAGUUUGAUGGCCAACGUCAGAGGACUCAAACCAAGCACAAAGAUCUUAACCCUUCUUGGCAUGAAAGCCUUGUUUUUGAUAUAAGCCAGCCCGGAGAUCUUGAGUACAAGACCAUUGAUGUCACUGUUUAUAAUGAUAGGAAAGGCAAUCAUGGUCACCAUCGGAAUUUUCUCGGCCGAGUCAAGAUUUCGGGGGCUUCCGUCCCCUCGUCGGAAUCCGGUUCCAGCGUGCAGCACUACCCGCUAGAUAAACGUGGCCUUUUUUCGAAUAUCAAAGGCGAGAUUGCACUGAAACUUUAUCAAGUCUGUGAUGAACUUCCUCGGGAGCAGGUACAACGUGCGGCUCCUGCUAGUGUGGUGGCUGAAAAUGAAGAGACUGGACGUUUCCAAGAAUCCCAGUUCAACGAAACUCCGUUUCAGGAGAUCAACGGUGGACGUGUUCAAGAAUCCCAGUUCCAGGAAACUCCAUUUCAGGAGAUCAACAACGUCAACAAUUUUGAUGAAGAGAUCAAGGUAGACGAAAAGAAGAAGAAGAAGAAGAAGAAAGAACCAGAAGUGAGGACUUUUCAUUCUAUAGGGAAAGAACCAGAAGUGAGGACUUUUCACUCUGUAGGGACUGGAACUGGCGGUCCUCCACCAGCUCCGCCUCCAAUGAAGGAGAAGCCACCAGCGGUGGAGAUUAGAGCAGAUUUUGCUAAAGCAGCAGCACCAGCGGCUAGUGUGAUGCAUAUGCAGAUGCCAAGGCAGAACCCCGACUAUCUGUUGGUGGAAACUAGGCCACCUGUGGCGGCACGAUUGCGAUACAGGGGCGGUGACAAGACGUUGACUACUUACGACUUGGUGGAGCAGAUGCAUUACCUGUAUGUAAAUGUGGUUAAGGCAAAGGAUCUUCCUGUAAUGGAUAUGUCAGGAAGCCUUGACCCUUACGUGGAAGUGAAGCUUGGGAACUACAAAGGGCAAACAAAACACUUGGAGAAGAACCAAAACCCUGUAUGGCACCAAAUCUUUGCAUUCUCAAAGGAAAGGGUGCAAUCAAACUUGCUUGAAGUUGUUGUGAAAGAUAAGGAUUUUGGGAAAGAUGAUUUUGUUGGGAAAAUCGUGUUUGAUGUCAUGGAAAUCCCACUUCGAGUUCCACCAGAUAGUCCACUGGCUCCUCAAUGGUACAGAUUGGCAGAUAAAAAAGGUGACAAGGUUAAAGGCGAAAUAAUGUUGGCUGUUUGGAUGGGAACGCAAGCUGAUGAGUCGUUCCCGGAGGCAUGGCAUUCCGAUGCUCACAACAUUAGCCACUCCAACUUGGCUAAUACGCGGUCCAAGGUUUAUUUCUCCCCCAAGCUGUAUUACCUUAGAGUUCAUGUCAUGGAAGCUCAAGACCUUGUCCCGCACGACAAAGGCCGGCUGCCGGAUCCAUAUGUUAAGGUAGUACUUGGUAAUCAGAUUAGACCUACAAAGGUAAUACAGCGCACCAUUCAUCCAGUUUGGGAUGAUCAGCUUAUGUUUGUUGCCUCUGAGCCUUUUGAAGAUUACAUAAUCGUAUCUGUUGACGAUAGGAUUGGACCUGGUAAAGAUGAGAUUUUAGGGAGGGCAAUGAUUCCAGUUAGAGAAGUGCCUCAAAGAUUAGAAACUGGUAAGCCACCGGAUCCCCGGUGGUUUAAUCUACUAAAGCCUUCAAAGGCAGAAGAGGAAGGUGAAAAGAAGAAAGAAAAAUUCUCAAGCAAGAUCUUGCUGCGGAUUUUUCUUGAGGCAGGGUACCAUGUUCUUGAUGAAUCUACACAUUUUAGCAGUGAUCUUCAGCCAUCAUCCAAGUUCCUCAGGAAGCAGAGCAUCGGGAUUCUUGAACUUGGGAUUUUGAGUGCAAAGAAUUUACAGCCUAUGAAGAUGAAGGAUGGUAAGCUGACUGAUGCAUAUUGUGUCGCAAAGUAUGGAAACAAAUGGGUGAGGACUAGAACUCUUCUUGAUACUCUGUCUCCUCGAUGGAACGAGCAGUAUACUUGGGAAGUUCAUGAUCCCUGCACUGUAAUCACCAUUGGAGUGUUUGAUAAUUCCCACACCAAUGGGAGCAAAGAUGAUGCAAGGGAUCAAAGAAUCGGGAAGGUGAGAGUUCGGCUAUCGACUCUCGAGAUUGAUCGUGUUUAUACUCAUUAUUAUCCUUUGUUGGUUCUUACACCUGGCGGUUUGAAGAAGAAUGGGGAACUUCAGUUGGCAUUAAGGUUCACUUGCACUGCGUGGGUUAACAUGGUGGCUCAAUACGGUAGGCCAUUGCUUCCCAAGAUGCACUAUGUCCAGCCUAUACCAGUUAUGAACAUAGACUGGCUGCGCCACCAAGCAAUGCAGAUUGUGGCAGCAAGACUGCAGAGAGCAGAGCCACCACUUCGGCGGGAAGUGGUUGAGUACAUGUUGGAUGUGGAUUACCAUAUGUGGAGUCUCAGAAGAAGCAAGGCGAAUUUCAAUCGUAUAAUGUCGCUUCUUUCGGGGGUAACUGCUAUUUGCAAGUGGUUCAAUGAUAUCUGCUACUGGAGAAACCCAAUCACAACAUGUCUGGUGCAUAUUUCGUUCUUGAUACUUGUUUGCUACCCAGAACUAAUAUUGCCUACAAUUUUCCUUUACCUGUUUGUGAUUGGGAUAUGGAACUACCGUUUCAGACCAAGACAUCCCCCACAUAUGGAUGCUCGGCUUUCACAAGCGGAUCGUACACACCCCGAUGAGCUAGAUGAAGAAUUUGACUCGUUCCCAACAUCCAGACCAUCAGAUAUUGUACGAAUGAGGUAUGAUAGACUGCGAAGUGUUGCUGGUAGGGUACAGACAGUGGUUGGAGAUCUGGCAAGCCAAGGGGAAAGGGCUCAGGCAAUACUAAGCUGGCGUGAUCCAAGAGCAACAGCAAUCUUCAUCAUCUUUUCCUUGAUCUGGGCUGUGUUCAUUUAUGUUACUCCGUUCCAAGUGGUGGCUGUUCUGUUCGGUCUCUACUGGCUGCGUCAUCCUCGCUUCAGGAGCAAGCUGCCAUCGGUGCCUGUCAACUUUUUCAAGAGAUUACCAUCAAAGUCAGACAUGCUAAUUUGAGAAACUAAGGUUACUUCCAUCAUUAUCAUUCGUUUAAUCAGUAUGUGAAUAAAGAUGAUUCGGUGAAUAACUUUCAGCAGAUCUUACCUGGAGAUGGGGGAGAGAAGAGCAAUCCACUACCCCAUUACAAAGAAUCUCACUUUUCCUGGUCCGAAUAUGCACUUUCACAGCUUUCUUCAGAUUUAUCUAUGAAACCCCACCAUUCUUUUCGGCCGCUAUUCAAGAUUUUGCUUUAGUUAUCAUGUGUACUUCAUGACUGAAAGCUUAUUAUGUCCACAUGGGUGCUGUAAAGGAGUGAAAAAGGUGAAAAGAACUGUAGGCCAGUGCCUGCAAGUGUCAGAACUAGUUUCUAUUUAUAGGAUGAAAAUGUUUAUAUAAUAAAAAUAAGAUGAACAAUAGUUCUUCAAA